UGUACGCAGUCGAUUUACCACUGUUUUUAGACGCGCUUGGACAUGGGUAUUCUUGUAGUUAUCCAGUUUGUCCAUGAAGUUCUGCUUUCGCUACGUUAUAGUAUUUUGUUAUUGAAAUCUUUUUUACGAAGUGCCAUUCUUCGUUCUUUUUCGUUCAAACAUUUCCAGUUCGUAUAUUGACUAAAUUUUCAGCCAAAUUGUACAACAUACGUGGCUUCAUGAGUUUACGAAGCGCUGUUUCUUUGGCUCUUUAUUUUUUCCUGAACAACUUGAUAAUGGCGAUGGUGGCGAAAGUUCGCUACAUUCUUCAAAAGUGGCUCGAUGAUAAUGGGACCUCUGAAUUUAACGAAGAAAAGUCGGAAAAGGGUUCGAAAGCAAGCUUUGGAGUGAGGAAGACGUUGGUCAGCUCGAAACGAAAACGAACACCGUCCAAACAGAAAAGUGUUUUUGACAAACAUUCCCACUUCUCGGGAUCAAACGUGCAUGUGCCCUGCAAUAAGGAGGAAUUCCCGAAGACAGAACGCGGGGAAUCAAUUAGUAAUGGUCGCAACCGUAAUGCUUUGACCCGAUUCGAGCAUCCCACAGACGAGACACCCAGUUUGGACAGCAGCAUGGCCGAUCCGGCGAGUGAUGACACAGAUAUGGAUUACAACCAUGAUCAGCGCAUCCGAGCUUAUCCGCACUUUGCUGGAAACAGGGCUAUGUUCGUUUACAUGAUUUCGCCGGUCGAAGGCUUGUCGCCGUUAUUCGCUCAGCUUUUGGCGGAAGUCCUGAAAAUUCCCGAUAUUAAACAUCACAACUGGUCCAUGAUAGAUGAACCGCAUAUAAGCCUGUCACGCAUUGGAAUGUUGCGUUAUCAUGAAAUCCCGCAGUUUACGGCGCACUUGAAGACGGAAAUAAAGAAAUCGUCUGUUCCCCGGUUUUCAUAUUCGUUCGAGGACGUGGAAAUUUACUGCAAUGAACAGGCCAACACAUCGUUCUUGGCUUUGCGCGUGGGUCGUGGCUCCAAGGAAAUGGGAGGACUGGUGAAGAUUGUCGACAGUUGUUUGAAGAGCUUUAAUAUGCCGCAGUAUUACGAAAAGCCUGAUUUCCAUUUAAGCUUUGCUUGGUGCCCGGAACAGCUGGACGAGCUCGACAAACAAAAGCUAUUAGUUACUGUUCGAAAACGGUUACAGCGCUUGUCGUGUCAGUUUGCCGAAGGAUUUGAACAGUGUGCUAAAGCUGUUCGUUGUCGUAGCGGAAAUCGAAGUUAUUUGGUGGCAUUGUGAUGUAGGCGUUUUCGGGACGGUUUUCCUCGUCGUGACUGAAUGGUUUAGAAUUUCCUUUUAUCUAAAAGUAUUCCUUUUCUUGUUUUGUUCUGUGAUGAGGUUAUUCCUCUAUCAGUGUUUUGUGAUUGAUCCUGAGAUUAUGAAGAUAUAUAGAUGUAGCCUGUGAAAUAGAAAAGUUUGUUUUCAGGAUGGAGUAUAAAUAUAGCCAGUACAGCCGUGCAGUUUCCCGCGAACUCUGGUCGUUUUGGGUUUUCUUGAGUAAAACGUGAGUUGAGUACUUUAUAAUACUUCAGUCACACAAGUCAAGGAGACAAGUCCUGAAAUCUUUCAGCAGCAGCGAAUAUUGUUAGAUCUGGAUACGAAACUAUUCUGCUGUAAAACAGUAAACGGAGCGCAUUAAUACUUUAUCAAAGUCGCUGAAAUCUGCGCCAUGCCUUCGGAGAUAUUCGUCAAACGAGAAGGACAUAUUCGACACUGGCUUCAUUGCAUUAUUUCCAUUUUCUUUCCGCCGUGGAUCUUCGUAUGGAUAUGUCUGUGUCUGACGAAUACAAGCACAACUACAACUACUGUGGCAACCAGACAUGAAACCGUCUAAAUCGAGGGAAGAUGUGCGGAUUCUUGCGGAACCACCCAGUCUAUUACGAGCGUUUUACGCUCUUCCGCCUUCCGUCAGUCUGAAUUGUAAUUCAAAAUCUCGUGUGGCAGUGUUACAAAAUUAAUGGUGAUCGAAGUUGUUGCCCACAAUCCCGAUAAUUCCGCCACCCGCUUUGUUUUCCGUUCGUUCAUAGUUUUCCUGUUCCUUUGAACCACUUGUUAAUGGUUUACGAAUCUCGUUCCUAUGAUGAUACUGAAUAUUGUUAUAAUAAAAUUCCUCGAAUUUUGUUUGGCGCCUGCCCGGCCAGCCGUGAGUGGUUGUAUAACGGAAUAAUUAUUUGUCACCGGAUGAACAUUCUCUCCGAUGCGUCCUCGGACAGUUUAA